AUGGCGCACAAGCAUUUGUGGGUGGUUUGCUGUUUGUGGGCUUUAACAUGCUCACUUCUUCCUUGUUUCUCGUAUGGAUUUAUGAGAAUUGAUUUGAAGAAGAGAACUCUUGAUCUUGAUAGUAUUAAAGCUGCUAGAAUAGUAAGAGAAAGGCAAAGGUUAGGCAGACCCGUGUUGGGCGCAUAUGAUCACUACACCGGGAAACUAACCGAUGAUGAUGAUGCUAUAGUACCUUUGAAGAAUUAUUUGGAUGCACAAUAUUACGGAGAGAUUGGAAUUGGCUCACCCCCUCAAACCUUUAAUGUCAUAUUUGAUACCGGUAGUUCAAACCUUUGGGUUCCAUCGUCCAAGUGCUAUUUUUCUCUUGCCUGCCUCACCCAUCAUUCAUACAAGUCAAAGAAAUCCAAAACAUAUACCAAAAACGGAACAUCAUGUAAAAUACGUUAUGGAUCUGGAGCAAUAUCUGGUUUUUUCAGUCAAGAUAAUGUUAAACUUGGUGAUGUUGUUGUCAAGGAUGUGGAUUUCAUUGAGGCUACCCGUGAAGGAAGUAUUUCGUUUGUGCUAGCGAAGUUUGAUGGGUUACUUGGGCUUGGGUUUCAGGAGAUCUCCGUUGAAAAUGCUGUCCCAGUAUGGUACGAAAUGGUGCAGCAAAAUCUUGUAAGUGAGAAGGUGUUCUCUUUUUGGCUCAAUGGAAAUCCAAAAGCUAAAAAGGGCGGUGAGCUAAUUUUGGGUGGUGCUGAUCCCAAUCACUACAAAGGAAAACAUACAUAUGUUCCUGUCACUCAAAAAGGUUAUUGGCAGAUUGAAAUGGGAGAUUUUUUCAUUGGAGGACUCUCAACAGGUGUCUGCGAAGGUGGCUGUGCUGCUAUUGUGGAUUCAGGAACAUCUUUGCUUGCUGGUCCAACUACUGUUGUGACCCAAAUCAACCAUGCUAUUGGAGCUGAAGGGGUUCUGAGUGUAGAAUGUAAGGAAAUUGUUACUGAAUAUGGAGAAAUGAUUUGGGAUCUCUUGGUAGCAGGGGUACGACCUGGUGAUGUAUGUUCACAAGUUGGUUUAUGUGGUGCCAAAAGAGAUCAAUCAAAGAGCAUGGGAAUUGAGAUGGUGACUGAAAAGGAAGAGGGAGAGUUAUCUGCUAAAGAUACUGCUUUGUGCUCUUCCUGUCAGAUGCUUGUGGUUUGGAUCCAGAAUCAGCUAAAACGAAAGACAACCAAAGAUAGAAUAUUUAACUACGUGAAUCAACUGUGCGAGAGCUUGCCAAGUCCAAAUGGAGAGUCCGUAGUAGACUGCAAUAGCAUUCAUCAAUUGCCAAAUAUUUCGUUUACUAUUGGAGAUAAAUCUUUCGUCCUCAGUCCAGAGCACUAUAUUUUGAAAACUGGAGAAGGUCUUGCAGAAGUCUGUCUUAGUGGGUUUAUUGCUUUUGACAUUCCUCCUCCAAGGGGUCCUCUCUGGAUUCUUGGUGAUAUUUUUAUGAGGGUAUAUCAUACUAUCUUUGACUAUGGAAAUCUCCAACUUGGUUUUGCUGAAGCUGCCUAG